GGGGCCUCGGCGGUUCCGGGGCGGUGCGGGCCGGCGGGCACGUAGCUCAGGGACCGGGCAGCGGCGGCGCGCGUGUGGGUCAGCUCCGGUCCUCUCCGCUCCUCCGCCGUCAUGCCGAUGUUCGUUGUGAACACCAACGUGCCCCGGGCCUCGGUGCCCGACGGGCUCCUCGCCGAGCUCACGCAGCAGCUGGCGCAGGCCACGGGCAAGCCGGCCCAGUACAUCGCGGUGCACGUGGUCCCGGACCAGCUCAUGGCCUUCGGUGGCUCCAGCGAGCCGUGCGCGCUCUGCAGCUUGCACAGCAUCGGCAAGAUUGGGGGCUCGCAGAACCGCACCUACAGCAAGCUACUGUGCAACCUCCUGACCGAGCGCCUGCGCAUCAGCCCGGAUAGAAUCUACAUCAACUACUACGACAUGAACGCGGCCAAUGUGGGCUGGAACGGCUCCACCUUUGCGUGAGGACCGUGCUCGCCCCUCCUGCCUGCCCCAGGCAGGCCCCACCACCCGCAGUAUUGUGCCCACCCCCCAGCGACCCCACCACUCCUACCAUCGGGAGAAAUAAAACGGUUUGAACUUCCCA